ACAAUUUCGGAGGCAAUUAAUCAAACAAACAAAACUUCCUUUUGUUCUCUACUCCAAAUCCGCAAAAUGGCCUUGCAUGAUUCCACUCGAGACGAUGGUAUUCAUUAUUAAUUCUACUGGAGACGAAUUGUUUUGGAUGCAGCUCCCGAUGAGACACGGCCGGAGGUUCAGGAUGAGAUGUCCAUUGAGAGGACCUUCGAGUCCAAGGAGGUACCGUCGUGGACAGAUCAGAUCACUGUCAGGGCCUUACUUAGUGGUGGCAUUGGUGCUUGGGGUUCUAUUUAGUUUCAUAGUCAUGAAACUCAACCUCACCACCGGUCUCAUUCCCUCGCUCAACAUCUCGGCCGGAUUCUUGGGCUUCUUCCUCUUGAAAACGAAACAAGUAAUAGCAUUGGGCAAGUUCUUCUCCUUUAGCUUUCUUUGGAGUUUCUUUCAAUGGUUCUUUACUGCAGCGGAUGGCUGUGGAUUUGCCAACUUCCCACAUUUGAUCUCCAAGCCUAUUGAAACAACUACUUAUGUUGGGGUUGGGAUGAUCUGCCCGCAUCUGAGUAAUAUAUCUCUUCCGCUCGGGGCAAUUUUCUCUUGGGGAAUCAUGUGGCCUCUUAUAGAAGCUGGAAAGGGUGAUUGGUACACUACCGAUCACAGUAGUCUCCACAGCUUGCAAGGAUACAGGGUUUUCAUAGCCAUAGCUAUGAUCAUUGGCGAUGGACUCUAUAACUUCGUCAAGGUCCUCACACACACUCUAUUUGCUCUGCAUAGGCAACUCAAAAACAAUGACUCUCUUCCAGUUAACGGCUCCUCUCCAGCAAAAACGCCAUCUCUUGCAAGGACCAAAUUCCUACAUGGUUUGCUCUGGCUGGUGCAUAUGGUGCCUUGUAUUCAGAGUCAGGAGUUCCAAGAUCCGGAAGGCCUUAUAGAAGAGCCAGAAGACACAAGGUCAGAUGCUUUGGCUACCAUGUUCAUCAUCACUCCACAUGCUGCUAAUCCUGGAAAGAAGCCCACCAUUAUUUUUACCUACCCAUGCCCCAAUUGUGAAUAUGGCUUGCUUCCCAUAUGUGGAUGCCAGGGACCAAUCUGUCAACCCGCACCCAUAAGCAUUACUUGUAUCCCUAGUCGGAAAUUGGAAGAUUGAGGACCUUAUUAUAUUGAACCAAAUUACAUGGUCGAUGAAUACUCAUGGAAUUUACCAUAAUCUUUAUCUUGUAAUAAUACUGAAAAUUCAUUUUUUUAGUACCAUUUUUUUCUCUUUCUUUUUAAGAAAAGAAAUUAUAAUUU